UUAGAAUGGAUGUAAUUUGCAAGUCUGAAAAUGAUGGUAUUUUCAAUUUCGACACACCUGAAAAUCUUUUUCUAUGGAAUGGAGUGGGGAAUAUUGCUUCAAAUCGUCAUCAAUCAACUUACAAAUUGACAAAUUUCAACUGGAAUAAAGCAGCAAAACGCCCACGAACUCUAGUUUGCCAUGAUCAUCGUGGAGGUUAUUUGGAGUAUGAAAGGUUUUUUUCUUAUUUUAAGGGCCCUUUUUGUGAUCACCCCAGAAUAUCGACACACAUUUUGGGCGAUAUUUUGGGUGUCGAUAUUCUGGGGUGGAGUCCUCCAUUUUCAUUUCUUCCCUGUAUCACAUGCUCGUCUCUACCAAACAAAGACAAGGAACGCCAAAUUCCAAUUUAUUCAUUUUUUCAUUGGUGGUAUAUUGACAUUUUUGUUUAUUUCUCACAUCAUUUUGUUACUGUGCCGCCGGAUGUUUGGAUUUUGGCUGCACAUCAACAUGGGGUUUUGAUUUUAGGAACAUUUAUUAUCGAGUCAGUCGUGCUUUUCAAUCAAUGUUUUUCUGAUGAUUUAAUUACCGAUAAAAUUGUUUCUUUCCUUGUUGGUUUAUGCAAAAAUAUGAACUUUGUUAUUUGGUAUGACUCUGUUGUAAAUUCUGGUGAAUUGUGUUGGCAGAAUGAGCUCAACAAGGACAACAUGCGUUGGUUCUCAGCUGUUGAUGGUUUUUACACGAAUUAUGGCUGGACAGAAUGUCAUCUUGAAAGAACUCUGGAAACUUUUUACAAAAACUUUUCUGAGGACAAAACUCUUUUUGAUAUUUAUAUUGGAAUUGAUGUUUUUGGACGGGAUUGUACAGGAGGUUGGGAAUGUUUUAAACCUUUGGAAAUUAUUCGUCGUUACAACUUUUCUGCAGCAAUAUUUGCGCCGGGUUGGAUUUGCGAGACUUGCCCUAAAAGAGAUCAGAAAAUUAGUCUUUUUGAUAAUUCUGAAAGGUUUUGGAAUUUGUUGAAGCCUUAUUUAUUUCCUCACAAAAUGGUCUCAAAACAAUUUUGUACAAAUUUUUCUGUUGGAUUUUCUUCAGAAUGUCUUGAUUUUUGUUCUGAAGAAACAAAUGAUUUUUGUAUGAAGAAUCUCAACAUUCAACCUUUUUAUCUGAGUUCUACAGCAUUUUCAAAGGAUUUAAAGCCUGGAAUUUUAAUUAACAAUGUUGGAAUGUUUAGUUAUAAAUCAUCAUUUCCCGUUGAAUUUGUUAUAGAAGUCUCAAACAGCUUAAAAGUUGAACAUUUAUUGGCUAAACCUAAAGAGAAAUUCGUUGAGCAAACAGAAGGAGUUCAAGAAAAAAUGUUAAAAUUUUCUAGUCAUUCCAACAACCAAAAUUCGAAUGGAGAAGGACAAAUUGAAGAAAAAGAAGAUUUUCCAUUAAUUAUAGAGGACAAAUUAAUAUUAAAUUUACAACAAAAAUCUGGUUGGUAUAUUAAAAAAAUAAUUUUAUGGGUAAAAAAUCGCAGUAAUUUUCCUAAAAUUGAUAAUCAUAAUGAUUUUCAAGAAAAACGUUUAUUUUAUUUUGAAAUGAAUUUAAUCUAA